AACACGUGCCCAGCUGGGUCAUCCGCCAUGGCGACUACUACUAUAUGACCUACACGACCAACAACGACAUCACUCUGCUGCGCAGCUCCGGGCUGACCGACUGGGACAAUGCCGAGAAGAAAGUCAUCUUCACGCCGCCAGCGGGGCAGAACUACUCGACGGACCUGUGGGCGCCCGAGCUGCACGAGUUCGACGGCCAGUGGUACGUCAUCUUCACCGCGGACCCGAACGGCGACAGCCCGCCGCCCGAAGUCGACAUGUACUGUGAGUGGUCGUGCCCCGCGGUGCACCACCGGAUGUACGUGCUUGAGGGCACCGGCAGCGCGGACCCCUGGGGCGCGUCGUACGCGUACAAGGCCCAGCUCAACACGUACGACCAGUUCGCCAUCGACGGCACGUACUUCCGGCACAGCACGGGGCUGUACCACAUCUACAGCUGCUGGCAGCGAGUGUACGACGGGUGGCCAGCCAACCUCUGCAUCGCCAAGCUCGCGGACCCGUGGACCGUCGAGUCGAACUUGACCGAGCGGCAGGUCAUCAGCGUGCCCAACAACCCGUGGGAGAAGACGCCGUACGGGCGCCCAUUCAACGACCGCCUCAGCAGCAACGAGGCGCCUCAGCAGCUCACGAACCCCACGACCGGCCAGGAAUUCGUCAUCUACAGCGCGGCGCGCUCCGACAACCGCAACUACUGCCUCGGGCAGCUCGAGCUUGUCGGCGACGACCCCAUGAACCCGCAGGACUGGCGCAAGCGCAACGACGGCUGCGUCUUCUACCAGAACGCGCGCGAGCAGGCGUACGGCGUGGGGCAUGCCAGCUUCGUCAAGAGCCCCGACGGCUCCGAGGACUGGAUUGUUUACCAUGGCAUGCGCAAUCCGGUGACGGGAUGGGCGGCGAGGACGAUACGCGCGCAGAAGUUUGAGUGGAACGAGGCGGACGGGUCGCCCAUUUUCCCACGGCCGGGGUACGGGCCGUACGCGGUGCCGGCGGGGCAGUAAGGUAAGGUGAUUUUUAGAGUGGUGUACUUGCAGGUAGACGGGUUUAGCGCGUGAAACGGAAGCGGAAACAAUGUCUCGCUUUGGAAAUUGGUUCUAUGCAUGCAUGAAGAGGAAUUUGCAUUUGAUUCGUCCGUGCAUCCUUCUUUGCCAAUUCCGUCCCUUCAUGCCUUGCCCUAACCCAGGCCGUCUACAGCGACGUGCCACUAUCAAUCACAAGAUUUUGCCCCGUCUGCGACUGGCUGAGCGCAAGCGUGCGCACGUUCGUCGCAACGU